AAAAUGGAACAUGAAAUAUGAAAUAUCUCAUGACACACCUAACAAUCCCAGGUGAACCAAUUCCAUAUAUUAUCUCAUCUUUAUCUGUUUUUUCACAAGUAUUCCUCAGUGUUUCUGCUAAAAAAAAGAACAUGGGGUGUAAAACAUGUGUACCUUUGAUCCAAAAACACGUUGCGAAAGAAAGGUAUUUAGUUGCACAAGCUGAACUGAAGUUCGCGCUCUAUGUUGCACUUGCUGUUCUCAUGCUUUCCUGUCAAGCAGAGGCAUAUGAUCCAUUAGAUCCAAAUGGUAACAUAACAGUCAAAUGGGAUGUAAUGUCUUGGGCUCCAGAUGGUUAUGUGGCAGUGGUCACGAUAAACAACUUCCAAAUGUAUCGGCAAAUAAUGAGCCCUGGGUGGACAAUAGGAUGGAUGUGGGCGAAGAAAGAAGUGAUAUGGUCAAUGGUGGGAGCACAGACUACUGAACAAGGGGACUGCUCCAAGUUUAAGGGCAACGUGCCUCACUGCUGUAAGAAGGUCCCGACAGUGGUGGACUUGCUUCCAGGAGUACCCUAUAACCAGCAGAUUGCAAACUGUUGCAAGGGUGGAGUAGUUGCAGCAUGGGGACAGGACCCUACUGCCGCGAUCUCUGCCUUCCAAGUCAGUGUUGGGCAGGCUGGCACAUCAAACAAGACUGUGAAGCUCCCUCAGAAUUUUACAUUGCUAGGACCUGGUCUUGGCUAUACUUGUGGCCCAGCAAAAAUUGUGCCUUCCACAGUUUUCCUCACCUCUGAUCGCCGAAGGAAAACUCAAGCGCUCAUGACAUGGAAUGUAACAUGCACUUAUUCGCAGUUUCUGGCUUCAAAGAACCCAUCAUGUUGUGUAUCCUUCUCUUCUUUCUACAAUGACACAAUCGUUCCUUGUCCAUCUUGUUCUUGUGGUUGCCACAACAAAGGUAGCUGUAUCAGGAUGAACUCAAAGAAAUCACACUCAAGAGGAAUAAACACUCCAAGGAAGGAUAACGCGCCUCUUCUACAAUGCACACAUCAUAUGUGCCCUAUUCGAGUCCACUGGCAUGUCAAGAUCAAUUAUAAGGAUUACUGGCGUGCCAAGAUAUCAGUAACUAAUUUCAAUUAUCGGAUGAACUAUACUCAGUGGACAUUGGUGGUUCAACAUCCCAAUCUUAACAAUGUCACCCAAGUUUUCAGCUUUGACUACAAGCCUGUAGUACCGUAUCAUUCAGUUAAUGAUACUGGUAUGUUCUAUGGUACGAAGUUUUAUAAUGAUCUUUUAAUGGAAGCUGGACCUGAUGGGAAUGUGCAGUCUGAAGUACUUCUACAGAAAGACAAAAGCACAUUCACCUUCAGACAAGGAUGGGCAUUUCCUAGGAAAGUUUACUUCAAUGGAGAUGAAUGCAGACUUCCACCACCAGAUGCAUAUCCUUCACUACCAAGCUCGGCCAGUAUGAUUUCCUUCGCUUACUUAAUGGUAGCCGGUACAUACACAUUAAUGGUUCUUCUUAUAUAUUAGGUAAUGCUCUUUCACCAACACGUUGCUUGUGAAUUUUUGAGUAAGUGUGCAUUAAGCUAGACUUCUGCCUUGAUUUAAAAGAGUUAUACAAUUGUACUGCGUAUUUUUAGAUCGAAUUUGAAUACAAAUCAUCCUGCAAUAUUUCUGAAGGAUGAACUUUGUGAAUUUCAUCAAAUAUUGAAUGCACCACAGCAAAUACAACAAGCAACUCUAUAUAACACUUGCAUUUCCAUGGCCAGAGUUUUUACAAGUUACAACGACUGAAAUACACGUCUCAAUAAAUACUCUAUGAAGAAUAAUAAAA